UUGACCCUGGUCAUGUGACUUCGUGUGUGCUCGUCUACUGAAAUCCUACCUACGGACAGGUCGUUCUUGCCUGUGUGCGGCUCUACAAAGACAUGACACGGUAUCUUCAGCAGGCGAUUUCCUCAAAUUUACCAUUUUUCUCUGACGGCAAUGACAAGAAAGUGAAGAAAAUGGCCGAGCUACUAUCAGUGCAAGUGCACAUCCCUCAGCAUCUGGGGAACUACUUGCAACCGGAAGUCAAGAAGUCUCCGUCUUUUCUCGAAAAUGGGAUGGCUGGGAAGACAAAUCUCCGGGAUUCCCGGAGCCAGUUCUCCAACUUCCAGAGACGACGACCAAUUGACAUUGAGUUCCGUGAGCUCAUGUACACAGUUAAGGAGGGCAACAGGAGUAAAGAGCCCAAGACCAUCCUGAAGUCCAUCUCUGGUCGGUUCAAGUCGGGGGAACUCACAGCUAUAAUGGGACCCUCUGGAGCAGGGAAAUCCUCCCUCAUGAACAUUCUGGCAGGAUACAGGACAAAGAACAUCUCGGGUCAGAUCCUGGUGCGAGGAAAGGACCGCGACCUGCGGAUGUUCAGGAAGAUGUCGUGCUACAUCAUGCAGGACGACCACCUCCUCCCCCACCUCACGGUCCAGGAGUCCAUGAUGUGCUCUGCCAAUCUCAAACUUAACGAGAGCCUCUCCAAUGCCGAAAAACAGGAAAUGGUUGAUGAGAUCCUUGACACACUGAGCCUUUCAGAGGCCAAGAAGACCAGGACCUGCAACCUGUCCGGCGGCCAGCGGAAGCGGCUGUCCAUCGCCCUGGAGCUAGUCAACAAUCCACCUGUCAUGUUCUUUGAUGAGCCGACCAGCGGCCUGGACAGCGCCUCCUGCUACCAGUGUGUGUGUCUGCUCAAGACGCUGGCCGCAGGCGGUCGCACCAUCAUCUGCACCAUACACCAGCCCAGUGCCAAACUCUUUGAGAUGUUCGAUCAUUUGUACAUGUUGGCGGAGGGCCAGUGCGUGUACAGAGGGAGCAUACCGGCACUACUGCCGUACUUCGAGUCUCAGGGACUCCGCUGCCCCAACUACCACAACCCAGCCGACUACGUGAUGGAGGUGUCAGUCGGGGAGUAUGGAGAGGACAAAGUCCGGCGUUUGACGAUGGCACUCAAGACAGGAAAGUGUGACCCCUUCCAGAUUGAGUUCCAACGCAAGCUCUCCGCCUCCCGAACACCCACGCCCAGUCCAGCCACCACGCCCAUGGAAUGCACCCCAACACCCAGCGUUCAUGAAGAAUGCCCUAAUCACUAUUAUGAGGGAGCAGAGAGAAAGAAGCUGAUGGAGAACGGAUGUUGUAAUGGAUACUCGAACGGACACGCCCCCAUCGUUACCAGGGGCGUCAACGGUAUCUGCAUAGCAGGAGUCCCCAAAACUGAGCAGUCAGAAUCAUCUGAGGACCUGAUGUACGACCAGGAGUGUCACACGUUUGCCACCAGCUGCUUCACCCAGUUCCGGAUUCUCUUCAUUAGGACAUUCACCUCCAUCAUGAGGGAUGCGACCCUGACGAGACUGAGACUCAUCUCCCACCUGACUGUCGGCAUCCUUAUUGGCCUGCUCUAUCUCGGCAUUGGCAACGAAGCCAGCAAAGUCUUCAACAACGCGGGAUGUCUGUUCUUCUGUAUGCUGUUCCUGAUGUUCACUGCCCUGAUGCCGACUGUCCUCACAUUUCCGAUGGAGAUGGCAGUGUUUGUCAGGGAGCACUUGAACUACUGGUACAGUCUCAAGGCCUACUACCUUGCUAAAACCAUGGCCGACAUGCCAUUCCAGAUUAUAUUUCCAUUGGUGUAUGGGUCCAUUGUUUACUGGAUGACUUCGCAGCCCAACGACUUUGUGAGGUUUGUGAUGUUCCUGACCCUGUCGACUCAGACGUCACUGGUUGCUCAGUCGCUGGGGCUGCUUAUUGGGGCCGCUACGUCACUACAGGUGGCUGUGUUCCUGGGACCUGUCACAGCGAUCCCCAUCCUUCUGUUUAGUGGGUUCUUCGUCAACUUUGAUACGAUCCCAACCUAUCUACAGUGGCUCUCCUAUGUGUCCUACAUCAGGUAUUCCUUCGAAGGAGUUCUGCAAGCUAUAUAUGGCUUCGACAGGGGAUCACUGAACUGUGAUGAAAGUGUCUGCAUCUUCAAGAAGGCAUCCGAUGUUCUCAAGCAGAUGGAUGUUGAAAAUGCCGAGUUCUGGUUGGACUUCAUCAUUCUCUGUAUAUUCUUCGUCAUCCUGAGGAUAGGCUGCUAUUUUGUGCUCAGGUGGAAGGUUAAGGCUCAAAGGUGAAAGGUCACAAUGUGAUAGACUGGGGAGGAAGAUCUGAUGCUCUAGUCAUGUGAUUAUCACAUGACGGUCAUGUGACUGUCAUGUGACUAGCUGUGUGGACAAGCUUGUUCCACAUGCGAUUCAGGGACAGAAGCCAUUUUGUUAGCUCCAAUGGAGACACCACGUGGGUUUUACUCAGCAUUUUGUUUCAAUACAGACACCCUUGUCACAGUUUUUGAUAUUGAAUACAAUGGUUAUUUGUAAUCGUCACAUUGUAAAUAAACAAUUUAAGCUUUUCCUGUGACCGAUGCUUGAAGUAUUUCUAUUGCAUGGCUCAAGAUUUUACAGGAAAUAUGGAAAAGCCGGAGUAGCCUCCCUUGUCAUCAUCGCUUUUUAUAUCCUUGAUUUUGAUUGGAUAUCCAGAGCAAGAUUUAAUUGGAUGAGAAUAUUCGGAGCAUGUUCUGAAUGGAAAAACAUGACAUGGACAAAAUGCCAGAUAACUCUGGAUUGGAUGAUUUAGUUGUGACGUGAAUUUUCAUUGGACAGCAUGCCAUGGUGUACAUGCAAGUUUGGACCACAUGGAAGUGUCACAUCGGAUGAAAGGAUACCCCCGAUUGGACAAAAUAGUCAAGAUACCAGCAAAGUCCAGUUUGGAUAGACAUGGAGUAUCAGCUUUCUGCCUCUGUGAUGUUGACAUGUCAGAGUGAAAAUAUUUGUCAUGUUUGUACUUUUUUGGUUACCAGUAUUCAUUACUGGAAUUUCGUAUCCUACAAAUUGAAUAAUUGUUUCGACCAAAUACUCCAGUGAUUUUGUUUCAUUUACCAUUAAGAUCUUUCGAAUUUCUUCCCCCACUAUUAUAUUUAUUUUCCUGUCUAUGGCCCAGGUGUGUAGGUCCAGCAACUUUCUUUGCAGAGUUGCCUCCCUUGGCUGCCAGAAUCCUCUUACGAUGAUAGGUUUGUCUCUACGAUUUGCCUCUGAUUAUGAUCCUUGGUCUGUCAGCAGCAUAUGAGUUCUACUUAUACAAAUAUCCGUGACAUCCGGGACAAAAAGGUUGCAAUUGGUUGCCAUAGUUACACGUUUGAUCACAUUUUCUUGCCUAAGUUAUUGGUUAGAAUUCUAUCUUGAGUCAUUACUUUUGGUACAAAACAAAUCAUGGAAACGUCAGUUUAUGUGUCUGUGACAGGUUACCAUGGCAACGGUGUCUGCCAGACAGUACGUUGUCAUAGCAAUAUUGGAUGUCUUGUCAGUGAAGACAUGAGUUGAAUCCAAUGCAAUAAUGUCGUUGUGGUUACAACUGACCUAUGUCAUGGUCAUGUCAUGGUCAUGUCUUUAUCAAAAGCGAUUUUAGCACUAUGAUGACUGUAGCUUCAACACAGCCCUAUGAUAGUCAUGCCACACCAAUCGUUUGAAUGAACGGGCAGGUCAUCAUGUUUCAAAUGUGUGUCUUUGCUGUGACUAAAAAAAUAAAUAGUGCUACGUCCGAGCUACUCUCAAAAUGUCUCGUCUUUUGUUAGUUGCCUUUUGUAAAUCUGUGCAAUUGAUUACAUUUAUGCAUUUUUUGUGAAUAUAUUUACAUUUAUGCAUUUUUUUGUGAAUAUGUGUGAUCUGUUGAAUCUGUGGUUUGAUUUCUGCGUGGUCUCUUCAGUUUAGAAAUACUCAAAU